AUGGAUAGAACGAUAUUUGGUAGAAAAACACUAAAUACGCAGCGAAAUCGUGUAGACAGAUUUGUAGCACCUCGCGAUUCUUUCGGCGAGGGGCGCAGACGUCGGUCCUUUCAUGUCAGCUGUGAUAAGUCUAUCAACAAUGAUUUUUGGUUAGGAAAACAACUAAAACAUAAGAAAUACGCAAUAUACUUGGACGAUGCGCUCAACCUUGAGCCGCAAGAGACGAACGGUAUCCCCAAGCAUUGGAUCAGACCUUGGCCCUGCAUUCCGCGAAAGAAGAGCUAUCUCUCCUCUGCUGAUAGUAUCUUAGACUUACCUACAUACAGUUACGCUACUUUUCCAGAACUUCUAGACUGGAGUAACGAUAACAUUCUAGUGGCAGCCCUAGGAAAGAACUACCACAAGUGGAGUUGGAGAAGUCAAAGCCUCAUCAGUCAAGGUCACACUUUAUAUGAAAUACAGUGUUGCAAGUUUGACCCUCGCGGGGAGCUAUUGAUUCUCGGCACCGAUAUGAAUACGGUGGAGAUCCACAAUAACAGCAGGAGUAAAAAGGUUUCAAGUAAUUUAUGUCCAUGUCUGAAUAUCGACACUCACUUCUGCUCCAUUACUGCGAUCGACUGGAGUCCGACUGCCAAUUCCUUUGUAACUGGCUGUUCAUGGGGUAGCGUGGUGUCAUACACGCGUGAGGCCAAGUUCCUCAGCUGGAGACGGCUCGUGACGGCUGCGAUCCUGCUCGUACGAGUAUCACCAGACGCCCGCUACGUCGCCGUCACGGCUGUUAACUCAGAUGUCGUCAUGUUACUUACUUGGCCCACAUUGGAAAUAUAUUCAAGUCUCGACUCCAGUUGGACGAUAAGGACAAUGGCGUGGCAUCCGUGGUGUAGUGCACUACUCGGUGUGGGUGCGGUGACACCAGAUCUCCAAGCCCGGAUUGCGUUGUGGAAUGCACCAACAUCCAAAGUCCAGGAGACAACCGUCGGACCCAAGCGGUACAGUCUGGAUGCGAUGCUUUUCAGCGACAGAACCGGAGAAUUAGUGCUCAGUUUGUGGAACUCUGAUCGAGCAAUACUCCAUCCGAAGGCAUGUUCUCAACUCGUUGUGAUGAGUGAUCCUGAAACCAUAGUGGACCAGUGGGGAGAGGGUCGUAGCGGGUUGGACCGAGUGCGAACCAUGGUUUUCAGUCCGGAUGGGACGAAAUUGGCAACAGCAACAUUUGACGAGGACUUGAUAAUAUGGAACUUUCUCCCAGAAGACAAAAGGAAAGAACCAGUCAAAUGCAAACGAUUCUCGGCUAUUCCCGUCUACCUGGACGAGGCUAUGCAGGGCUAUUCCCUCAGAUGAAUCAAGUAGUCAUACCGUUGAGAAGUAACAGGAUGUACUUCGUUAUUAUUAUAUUUCGUUGGCAAUAAAAUUUUAAUGAAUUC